AUGACGAUGGAAGUUGUCAAAAGCCAAAAGGUGGUGGAGGAGCACACCAUAAAGCCCCAGGCCGUGACACCUGCCGUGGACACGAGCUCGUGGCCUUUGCUCCUCAAGAACUACGACAAGCUGCUUGUCCGAACCGGCCACUUCACACCGAUCCCCAAUGGCUGCUCUCCGUUGAAGCGAGACAUCAAGUCUUAUGUCAGCUCUGGUGUCAUUAAUCUCGACAAGCCUUCCAACCCUUCCAGUCACGAAGUUGUCUCUUGGGUCAAGCGUAUUCUUCGCGUUGAAAAGACUGGCCACAGCGGUACCCUCGACCCCAAGGUCACUGGCUGCUUGAUUGUCUGCAUUGACCGCGCUACUCGGCUGGUCAAGUCCCAGCAGGGUGCCGGAAAGGAAUACGUCUGCGUCAUUCGCCUCCACGACAAGCUGCCUGGCGGUCAGGCCCAGCUCGCCCGCGCUCUCGAAACCCUCACCGGUGCUUUGUUCCAGCGUCCUCCCCUGAUCUCUGCUGUCAAGCGUCAGCUCCGUGUCCGAACCAUUUACGAGAGCAAGCUUAUCGAGUUUGACAAUGACCGCCACCUGGGUGUCUUCUGGGUCAGCUGCGAGGCCGGUACUUAUAUUCGAACUCUUUGCGUGCACCUCGGUUUGCUUCUCGGCGUUGGCGCGCACAUGCAGGAGCUGCGCCGUGUUCGCAGCGGUGCGAUGGAUGAGAACAAGCACCUGGUUACUCUUCAUGACGUGCUCGAUGCCCAGUGGACCAUGGACAACACUCGUGACGAAUCCUACCUGCGCCGGGUCAUCGCUCCUCUUGAGACCCUCUUGACUGGCUACAAGCGACUUGUUGUCAAGGACAGUGCUGUCAAUGCUGUGUGCUACGGUGCUAAGCUCAUGCUUCCCGGUCUCCUGAGAUAUGAGUCCGGUAUUGAGCACCAUGAAGAGGUUGUCCUCAUGACCACCAAGGGCGAGGCUAUUGCGAUUGGUAUUGCUCAAAUGUCUACUGUUGAGAUGUCUACCUGCGACCACGGUGUGGUUGCCAAGGUCAAGCGUUGCAUCAUGGAGCGCGACUUGUACCCUCGACGCUGGGGUCUCGGCCCUGUCGCCCAGGAGAAGAAGAAGCUCAAGGCUGAUGGAAAGCUGGACAAGUUUGGCCGUCCCAACGACAGCACGCCUGCCAAGUGGACCUCGGAGUACAAGGACUACAGCGCGGCUGAUGCUUCCACUGCUGCUGCUGCCGCCGCCGCCGCCGCCGCUCCGGCACCUACGCCUGUGAAGAGGGUCGAGGAGACCAAGAUGGAGAUUUCUACGCCUGCUGCCGACGACGGCGAGAAGAAGAAGCGAAAGAAGCACGAGGGCGAGACCCCUGACGAGAAGGCGGAGCGAAAGCGAAGAAAGGCUGAGAAGAAGGCGGCCAAGGCUGCCAAGAAGGCGGCGAAGGGAGAGGCCGGAUCGGACGAUGACAGCGACUAA